CUGAAAUACGUAACCGGAUGUUUUAUUAUUAAAGUUAGGUUUAGUGGCACACUGCACUUAAUUCACAGAUGUAACGUUAAAGUUGUGCGAAUGGUCGAACAACUUCCGGUCCUGUUGUUUUUGUUUCUUUUGUAGUUGAAACUACGAGCUCGUUUUAAGCGUCAAAUCUGUGAGUUUGAUCGAUUGCUGUUGAGCUGCGCCGCUCCACACAUAACAACAACAUAAUAAUAAUAAUAAUAAUAAUACUUCAAUAUGGUCCUCGACAAUGAGAGUGGAUCCGAGCUGCGGAUCUACGGUUGCACCAGAGCAGCUUCCGCGGCGCUGUCCCACUGCGCCUGCAUCGCCGUCACUGCGAUCAUCGCCCUCCUGUCUCGGCCGGGGACAAGUUGGUUUUCCUGGCAUCCUUUCUUAAUGACACUGGGUUUCUCCUUCCUCAUGACAGAAGCCAUACUUCUUUUCUCCCCCCACGGCUCCCCCUUGAAAACGCUUCCACACAAGACAAAAGCCCGCGCUCACUGGACCCUGCAGUGCCUGUGCGUGCUCUGUGCCGCCCUGGGUCUGGCAGCCGUCGCUUACAACAAGCACCUGAACGGCAAGGCCCACUUCACCUCGUGGCACGGCCUGCUGGGCCUGCUGGCCGUGUGCGCGGCGGCGCUGCAGUCUUUGGCGGCCGCGCCCCUCGUCUGGCACUCCCUGGCGAAGGGCUGGUCCCUGGCCAAACUCAAGCGCUACCACGCGGCCACUGGACUGGUCACUUACCUGCUGGGCAGCGGCAGCCUGCUGCUCGGCCUCCGCUCCGCCUGGUUCACCGCCUCGGUCGGCGAGUACGCCUGGUACCUGACCGCAGCCUGCUGUGCCUUCAACGCCCUCGUGGUAAUGGACCAGGUCAGCGGCGCCUACGCGGCUAAGAAGCGGCUGCGGUCGUGACCCGGAAGGGGGUUGGGGGGGGGGGGGACUGCAUGCGUGGUCAAACAGAGUUCAUGAGUCACAUACACUCAGUGGGGUUUGCAUGAGGGAAGGAGGGACUGAUGGUUAUGAAGUGCCAGCGACAAAUGUGGGUUUGUGGGUAAAUGACCUCCACUGGGAUUUAGUUUUAUGAGGGGAUACUUCUUGUAUCGUCACGCCAGUUAACACGCCAGCGUAACUAAUGUGUUGAACAUGGUAAACAUUCCAUGAUACAAGCAGGCCAGUGGUGAGCUGCUGCCCAUUUGUACCUAAAAUGAAAAAAUGCAAUAAUUGAAAUAAAGCGGUAAUAUGCAGUGUUACGGUUUUUACAGCUUAUUGGGGACAGAAAGUACUUUUAAAAUGGAAACUUUUAUUCUUGAUUAAUGUAUUUCCAGUUGCUCUGUAUAUGUUGAA